AUGAUUAAGGCAGCUAAGUCCCCUCUUGUUAGUCUCCCGCCAUGGGCUCCUUUGGCAUUUCCAGUCACACGCGCACACCCAUUUGUGAAAACAACCUUGACUAAUGUCACCUCUCUUCUCUCCACUUCUGCAGACUUACCCUGCGAAGUUUACUUCAAGAAUGACUAUUUGCAACCAUCGGGCAGCUUCAAGCUCCGUGGGAUUGGAAACAUCAUCAGCACUGCAGUGCGCGAGCACCGUCGUGAAAACCACUUCAACUCGGCAAAACAAAUUCAGGUGUUUGCCCUGUCAGGUGGAAAUGCGGGCAUUGCUGCUGCUUAUUCUGCUAAGUUCUACAAUUUGCCAUGCACCGUUGUGAUUCCAAGAACCUCUAAGCAGAUCUUCAUUGAUAAGUUACAUGCCUUGGAAGCGCGGGUAAUUAUCCAGGGCGACACCAUCCAGGAGGCGGACUCAUAUCUAAAGACCCAAAUUCUCUCCAAGUUAAGUAAAGACGUGGAACCUGUCUAUUGCCACCCAUACAAUAACCCAUUGAUCUGGCAAGGUCACUCCUCCGUGAUUGAUGAGAUUGUCCAGGACUUGACUGCGGCAAAGAAAUUGAAGAAUCUCAAGGGUGUGGUUUGUUCCGUCGGUGGGGCGGGGUUGUACUCAGGGAUUAUGCAGGGCUUGAUGAGGAACAACUUGAGUGAACAGGUUUCUGUUUUGGCAGUUGAAACCGCCGGCGCCCCAACUUUAACCAAAACAUUGGAAAACAGAAACCAACAAACACACAAGUACCGAAGAGCUGUCAAAACUCUGGCCGAGCCUUUCAUGCUCGAGUCUGUUACCACGAUUGCUACAUCCUUAGCCUGUUCCUUUGUGGCCUCUGACACCUUGAAGUACUACGAUGCUCACAAGGGAAAGACUACAGUCUCCUUGAUCGAGGAUUCCGAUGCCGUUGAGGGUUGUGUGCAGAUGUUUGAUGACCUUGGAGUUGUUGUGGAGCCAGCCUGUGGGGCUGCCGUAGACGUCUGUUAUGGUCAAAUGGACUUGUUAACCAAAGCUAUCCCGGAUUUGGCGAAGGAUGAUUUGGUUGUUGUUAUCGCAUGUGGUGGACUGGGAACAACUUCCAGUGUUAUUAACGACGAAUAUAGAUCAAUGAUUUAAUACCCGGGGGACACUGCUCAUCGAAAUCAUUGAAAAAACGUUAUGCAUGAUGGUAGCCCCAUUCAUUAGAUAGACCAUAAUUUAUGCUUCCU